CACACAGCGCGCUCGCGUUCCGGCCAUCGAUCCGCUGGCUGGUGAUGGCGACGGAGGGUCCCGGAUCGCCCAGCGUCCAGGCCAGCUGCGGGAAGUUGCCGCGACGACUGAACGCAGCGAGCCGAGCCAUCGCGCCGCAUAGCCGGGCGCCGCGCGGGGAGGCCCUGCGAUGAGAGCUGCGGCCGCCGGCGGACGCGGGCCGGGCGGAAGCAGGCGGCGGGUCGCGCUCAUCCAUCGGCCAGCACCACCGACACAGAGACGAGAGGCGAUGGCACCGUAGGCGAUGGACCUGAGGUUCCCCGCGGCGGGUGCCUCGUCGCCGCUGGGCGCACCCCCGACGGCAGCUGGCCUACUGCGCUCGCUGGAGCGGCGGCCGGGCCCCAGCGCUCUGCACGGUGGUCCCCCGCCGGCUGAACCGGCGGCGCCAGACGAGUCCGAGGACCGGCGCAGCUCGCCGCAAAUCGCGGCCAGCGGCUUCUGCUUUCUGGCGGCGCUCUGCUGCUCGGCGGGCGGUUUCUGGGCGUCGGCGGCCGCAACGCGCCUCCUGGGCGUCGUCUUCCUGGUGGUGGGAGCAGCCUCGGUUCUCGCCGCCAUCCUGUUCGUGCCGGCCGGCCGCGACGGCAAGCUGCCCGUGCAUCGUCGUGCACUGCCGCUUCUGCUAGCGCUGGUGCUGUGGGCGGUAGCCGCCUGGAUCAUAUUCCUGGUGGCACAGAGCAGCGUUCACGGCAAGGGCGUGCUGGCCGCCGUGGCCGCUUUCCUGCUGCUCUUCUCGUUCGUGCUGCUACGCGUCGUUUGUCGCCGCUGCCGGCACGGCCGGCGGCCGCUUAAGGACGCCGAGGACGCGGUGCAGCUCGAGGACUUUCAUCACGUGAACACGCAGGUGCGAGACACGCUGCGAUUUGGCCAGUUGCGCGCCGACCCGGCCUUCGGUCCGGUGGCCGCCGAAAGUCGACCCCCCGUGGUGCCCACGGCGCCGCCGGAGACGCCGCCGCAAGCGUCGGCCAGUUUCUCCACGUUCGUGCGCGAGCCGCCUUCGGCGCCCGCGGAGCCGCCGCCUUACGACGGCUUCCCGCCGGACGGCAGCCGCUGCCGGACCCCGCCGCCGCCCUACUCAACGCUCGUCUAGGGCGCGCCCAAUAAGAACAUGGACCUGCGUGCGCCCAGCGUGUGUAUGUGCGUGCACUGACUGGGCCCGAGCGGGAAGGGCCGCCGCCUGCCCCAGUUAGCACGCAACGCCCGAGGCGUACCCGAUCCACGCCGGCACAGCAGGCUUCGGUCGUUCCGCAAAUGCACACGGCACGCGUGCCUUUAAACGGGCUUCGCAAACGAGUUGUAUGAGAGAGAAGAAAACCUUUUGCUCUCUAUACCUGCCGAGUGAACGCCGUCAACACGACAGGGGCUUUCUGCUGAAAGGUUCGUCGCACCACAAGCGAACAGUGUAGGAACGUUAAACUGGAUGUCAAUCCUCCCAGUUGUCUAAAGUAACAUCCGAGGCAUCUUUUUUUAUGCUACAGACGAUGUGCGUUGAAGAAAGCAGAAAGUCGGUUAUACUAAUACGUGACUGAUUCGUAGCAGCCAUACAGUAGAGUACACGUCGACAAGGCGUUUACAAAAGGCCGACGACGAACGAGCAAGCGUCACGUAGAGAGAAACUGCAAAUAAAACACGGGCUGACGUCGAGCACUGCCCCUAAAUUCUGAGACACCAGCUCAAUACAUGGUUAGUCACUCAUGUCUCGAAAGUGACCCAUUUUUUUCUUCAGGUGUUGUUGUUUUCCUCUUUUUCCAUACAAUAUUUAUUGACAGCAGUACAUUUAUUACUGCAGUCCUUGUCGUAGUGUUAGCGUUUUACAUUUGUUUUGCGUAUGUUCCUUUCCGAGCGGAUGUGAUCUCAUAAAAAAAAAGAAGAAAAGCAGCUCUUCGAAUCGCGCCCAGGCCUACAUUGGUCAUGUCCUCCAUCUCAGUCUUCCUUCAUCCAUUUAUUUAUUUAUUUAUUUAUUUAUUUAUUUAUUUAUUUAUUUAUUUAUUUAUUUAUUUAUUUAUUUAUUUAUUGUCCAUUCCCUUCACUUUAGUUUGUCAUCCUCGUCACGAACGGCUGCGCCCUAUCUUCCUGUACAUGUUGCUUCUCCACAUAUAUAGGAAGCAUGCAACAAAGCACUCUUCGCGGGAAGGUCCGAAAAUAAUUGAGUGGGAGUCCAGUAACUCUUCAGACACUGCACUCCGUCGCACACUCAUGCAGCGUAGUGAAAGCUACCAGGCGUGCUGAAGCACUCAUAAGUUCGCAGCAUAAUUUAGUUCCGUAUUUGACAGCGCGGGGCAGGCUGUACUCAAUGAAUAUCGGCAGCUUCUAAGUAGGCGAGAAGCGACCGCAGGUUUCCGCUAAACACGGGGCACCCGUCCCAUGCCCCUCGACCCCUGUGUCGUAUCCAAGUGCAAAAGAGCAUUGGCCAAAGUGGGAGCGGACUCACGUGUGCAUGCUUGCCUUUAAAAAGCAUCGCACGGCCGUAGUUUCGAAGCGCUGCACGGGCGUAGUGAGACGGAGUGUGUGUGUUCCGCCACUUAGGGCAGGAAGCGGACGCGUAGCGUGCGUCGAUGGAAGAAAAACGGGGACCGGACGCGGUCCAAGCACUUAAGUUGUCGCGUACCUGAAUAAGCACUUCCUAGAGUAUGCAACGGAAAUUCCUGAAGUAAGCUGGCUCAGGUCUUCGCUGAGAGCGCGUGACCGUAAGACUCCUUUCAUUAUCGCAUCGCUUUCUGCUUUCAGUCACACUGGCUCCUCAAUAGCAUCACCACCACUUUGCUUUCUGACUCUGUUCUCAUUACUUUUCCUACGUUUCUCUUUACGUAAGCGACAGGCCCUGGCAUGAGCGGGCAGGCUGAUUUUCUGUGCAUGAUCAGAACUGUUCCCUCACCUCCACCGCACACACUCCUUAUCUUCUGUUCUUUCCUGUUGGCUGACGGCCGUAACUUGUAGAGUACUUUCGCCCCACCGAGCAUCUCAAUACGUACCCCUGAAGUUUUCGUACAGACUCGACUCUGAAAAUGCAGACAUUCCUCUCUACAGUGUAUAAAAAUCAAUAAUAAGAAAUAAUUGGUUUUUGAA